AUGCCCUCGACGUACGAAAAGCUGCAGUCCCUCCAGAAGCAGCUAAUCGACGAGCUGUGCGACGAGUACCAUUGCGAUGACAUCUCUCCGCCGCCAGAGUGUUUCGGCUGGGAUGAGGAGCGGCUGCGCAGGUACUUCGAAUCGGGCGGCCAUGAACCAACGCCGGUUGCCACCGGCACAGCUCCCGCGCUUGGUGAGUGCGAAAAGCCGUGUCUAUUGUGUAUCGGUGACUCGAUCGCUGAGCUAGGUUGCAUGCUUGGCGGGGGCAGCAUGCCACCGGGGUCGAUCCUCGAGCAGCAUGGUCCCGGGUGGACGGCGCUACUCGCGCGAGACUAUGGAAUCUCCCGCUCUCUUGACGUCAUUAACCGCGGGUUUGGCGGAUACACUACAAAGUGGAUCCUCGCAGACCUCAAGGCGGGACUGCUUUCGCUCCCUAAGGCACCCAAAGCCAUCACUGUGAUGCUCGGCUCCAACGACCACGUCAAGAGUAGCGACCCUUUGCAUGUGCCGCCGGAGGAGUAUGGACUGAACCUGCGGAAGAUCGUCGCUCUGCUUCGUGAUCGCUAUCCGUGUGCAACUGUGCUACUAUGCACGCCUCCGCCGUGCGAUGGCACGCAGGUUUACACCUACUUCACGAAGGCGACAAAGAUGCAGGCCAAUGGGUCGGGCCGCGGCGAGGAGCGAAUCGCUCCUAUGGUCGAGGCGGUCAAGGAGGGCGGACUUCACUUCAAUGGCGAGGGAAACCAGGCGAUGUACCGGAUUGUGCGCGAGGAGCUCGAGGCGAUUGGACUCGAGCCGGACGAGCUGCCAAUGCACCGCAGCCACGCAACGAGCAUCCGAUGUACGCGAUAUGCGCGCACGGGUGUCGCGUGA